AUGGUUGCGCUGUCGGCUUUGACCCAUCUAAUCACUGCGACAGGCAUCUCCUUUGCGAGCGCAACUCUACCUUCUCCCAGAUCCGCUCAACCCAUAGAGAACUCCGCAAACACGCUCUUGUCUCGAAGUAUUAUCCCAGAAGGCUGUUAUGACGCAGUGCCAAUCGGCUGGGGUGAUUACCUGGUCAACCGUACCAUCAAUAUAUGUUACCCAUAUUUGGAACCCACCUGUGAAAGGAUCGGAAAAGCGACACUUGCGAAAUGGAUGGACUUUUGUGCACAGUGGGAUUUGCGAGGUGAAAACCCGGUGAAAACCUGCCAGUGGAAAAAGAACAAACCAUACAGCCUUUACGACGACGCCCCUGAGGAUGAUGAUCGUCGCAACAUGCCCUAUCGAGUGCCUGGCCCCUUGCGAUGUUGCCCACCACCGUACAACGGGGUGGAUGCGGGGAAAUUCAACAUGAUGAAUGCUCUGUGCAGGAUGUGGAGGGUCAAAAAUGACGGAGAGUACCGUUAUUACUCCCAGAACUUCCCCUUGUACGGAAUCUUCGACGAAGACUACAACUACGACAACAUGACCAUCUGGUCCUACCAUCCUCUGUCGCACACUUCCGACCAUAUAACCCUACUGGAUAAAGAUGACAGAGACGAUCUCAAAACGGAUUACUUCCCGAUGACCUUGGAAGAACUUAUCGACUGGCAGAACGAGGAAGAUAAGGAAAAAAACAAGCAUCAUCAUCUCUCUCCAUUCUACUGA